AUGUUGAGGACUUUUGGAUUACUAGCCGUUUUGCUCGGAAAUAGUUGGGCACAGACGUUAUUCAAGGACGAGGCAUUCAAAGAAAACACAACUGGAUCGUCGGUAGUAGACUCUGUACUGGACAUACUCGGCUCGACGUGUCUGAUAAAUAACGAGGUGUUCCUACGUCGCUGGGCGCACGUCGAUUCCAGUGACGGCACGGCCGCUCGCACCUAUGCAGACCCAUUCAGCGGAGGAAUAUGGCAGAUUGACGAAGGUUCCUUUAACAUGACGAAGAACAAUGUGUAUUUGCAACAGGCAUACAAUGUCAUCAAAAGCAAGCUGAACAUUGAUUGGUCGAAGGUUACCUACAACGAUCUCCGUAAACCAAUCAACUCCGGCGUUGCUGCAGUCCUGUUGAUAAAGGCUAAGAACCUUAAAGUUAUUCCUGAAAGUCUUGAACUUCAAGCUACGUUAUGGAGCGGCGUUCUUAGACCCGGACAAAUGGCUUUCAAUUUCGUCUUAAAAGCAAGAGGAAUGGAUACAGAUUGUAGAAGUGAUAAAAUGCUGGACCUCGCUGCUUUGAAGUACCAGGUGGGCCCAACGUUUGUCGGCGACUCCCUGAGGGUGGCGCGGGAACAGGUAUUUAAAAAUACCACUGGUGCGCGCCCGGGUGCUAGUAAGGUGGCGCUGCUCCUCAUGGACGAACUGAGGGACACCACGUUCGCCAAGUCCGAGGCGCAGAAGCUGAAAGAGAGCGGAAUCAAACUGAUUGUGUUACGUGUGAGUAACGAUACCGCCAACCAUGAUAUAGAGCGUAUUGUGUCCCCACCCACGUGUUAUAAUGCCCGGACCGUAUCAUCGUUUGGUGACCUCACGUCAGUGGUGGAACGACUGACAUCGGAUAUUUGCAGGGCGCCGCUCGUGUUGACACCUAGCGACUUCGAGUUUCCAUGUAACGUCACCAUAAACGCCCGCCUGCCUGACACGUCCGACGCCAUCAUUACCAUGGUCACGCCAGAUAACGGUGAUAUUGACGUCUAUGCGUCUAAAUCUUUCACCCACCCGGACGGGAACGCGUAUGACGCCCAUGUGACGUCACAGCACUCGCUGUACGUGCGGGGAACCGACCCAAUGUACAUCAGGGUUACUGGCCAGGGGUCCACGUGCACUGGAAAUUAUCACCUCCAUGUGAAGGAAACAGACGAAUUCCGAGAUUUUGGGGGAGUGUGCAUCAUUGCGGGCACGGUGCGCACGUGCACUCCACAGGAGAUGAAUCAGGCAACCCAUGACGUCAUCCUCGUGCCGGAUCCAAACGCCCCCUUCUUGUGCGACACACGUAACCACUCAGUUGAGUAUUACCCGUACCCCACCGAUUUCCACAAGUUCAUUAUGUGUGACCAGCUUGACCGCACCUUCGUCGGCCUUUGCCCUGUCGGGGUUCAGAGCUGCAAACACUCCACCAACGGAUGUAAAUACACAAACCCGUGCACGCAGGAGGAGAUUUUGGCGGGAAACAUGCGUCAGAUGGACCAAUGCGGCGACAAGUCUGCGUAUGUCACGUGCACUAGCCUCGGUUUGGCGGAAGUAAUGAAAUGUCCCCCAUUACGAGUGUGGAACCAUGACACGAGGCACUGUGUGUUUGAGUAUGUGCAUGAUCCUUCAGGAAUUGGCGCGAGCAGUAACGACGCGACAAUCGCUAACCCGUGCCUGCACUCGCAUAGCGACCACCAAUAUUUCCCGUACCCCGGGCACAUGGACAAGUACAUUUUUUGUGACCAAUACGGAAACGCGUUUGCUGGAACGUGCAGAAGUGGUAUUUGGAGUGAACAGAGUAAAAUCUGCACUGACAUUGUGGCCGUUGGAUAG